UAGAACUUCAAUUCCCGUGGGGCUGUGCGGCAGCAUCGCGAGAGUUGACCUAAAUUCAGCAGCAUCGCGAGAGUUGGCUUAAAUGUGGCGGCGGGAAGGAGGCGAUCGUAGCUGCCGCAGCGGCUGAGAGGGCUGGCUGCUGAGGCGAUGGCGGACGACUACAGCCGGGACAGCGAGCCUACGACGCGCACGUUGUUACGGCGCGUGCUGGAUACAGCGGAUCCGCGCACCCCGCGGCGACCCCGGAGUUCUCGGACCGAUGUCCAGAGAGCCCUGCUUCAAACACCUUCCUCUAGGAGGCUGAGGAGCCAAACAAAGAUGACUGCCAGGCGUUCUCAUAGAGCCAGGUCUAUUGACAGAUUGACCCAUGUUCAAGCCAGUGGACACCUGGAGGAACAGACACCUCGGACUCUGCUGAAGAACAUCUUACUAACUGCCCCGGAAUCUUCCAUCCUAAUGCCAGAGUCAGUGGUGAAGCCAGUGCCGGCACCGCAGGUGGUCCAGGCUUCCAGACGGGAAAGCGGUCGGCACAGCCUGGAGCUGCAGCUUCCUGAACUUGAGCCCCCCACAACCCUGGCUCCAGGUCUGCUGGCUCUUGGCAGAAGGAAGCAGAGACUGAGGUUGUCAGUGUUUCAGCAAGGAGUGGACUUGGGACUGCCUCCCUCCCAAGAGCCUCAUGGGAAUGCUGAUGCCUCUUCCCUCACCAGCUCCCUUAACUUGACCUUCGCCACACCUCUGCAGCCACAAUCAGUGAAGAGGCCUGGUUUGGCCCGCAGACCUCCUACCCGCCGAGUUGUAGAUGUGGGUACAUUUAUGCAGGAUCUGCGAGAUACUUCCCUGGCCUUAGCUCCUCCAGACAUAGUGUUGGAGGACACCCAGCCCUUCUCCCAGCCCUUGGUUGGCCGUUCCCUCAGUGUGCACCACUCCCUGCCUUGUCCCUCUCACUCUGCGGCUAAAGAUGUGGAGAGGGCUGCCAGUCGCAGGACAUGGAGCGGCGGGCUUGGGCUGCAGAGCAACGGUGCUGGGAAACCAGCCCUGGCUGGAAGGGUGGAAGAGGUUGAUGCCCUUGCUUUGGGCUUUCCGAACAUCAGCAGUAAUAUCUCUGGAGAAGAUGGAGUAGAGCCCUUACAGAAUGGAGUAGGUGAGGAGGCAGAGGAAAGAAUGGAAGAAAGCUUGAGGGAAGUGGAGAAGGAGGCAGAAGCACAAGGAUCCACCAGAGCAGAAGAGCCUGAAGGACACAUAGAAGUGACCGAAGCAGAGGGAUCCUGGGGGGCUGUCGAGGCCAACGAGCCAGAAGGAUCUUCAGGGCAUGAAGACACCUCUGGUAGAACAGCAAGUCCUGAGCUGGCCUCCAGCACCCCAGAGUUCCUUCGGGCCAGGCGACUUCAGCUUCUUGAGCCAGCUCCACCGCCUAGCACUGCAGUGUUACCUUCAGAGCCUCCGGAGACUCUGUCGGCCAGGCUUCCUUCCAAGCCCCGAAUCCCUGGCUCCAGACCCCGUCAAGAUCCCUACAAGACUGGACUGAACCAAUAUGCGAAACUCUUUAGCUUCUAUGCUAAGAUGCCCAUGGAGAAGAAGGCUGUGGAGAUGGUGGAGAAGUGCCUGGACAAGUAUUUCCAGCAUCUUUGUGACGACCUGGAGGUAUUUGCUGCUCAUGCUGGCCGCAAGACUGUGAGGCCAGAGGACCUGGAGCUGCUGAUGCGAAGGCAGGGCCUGGUCACCGACCAAGUCUCCCUGCAUGUGCUCGUGGAGCGGCACCUGCCCCUGGAGUACCGACAGCAGCUCAUCCCUUGUGCAUUCAGUGGCAACACUGUCUUCCCCGCCCAGUAGUGGCCAGGCCUCAACACCUGCCCUGUCCCUACCUGGGACCCCUUGGCCCCACAUACACUUCUAGGUUUCCUCCCUGCUCCCUAGCAUCAAUAAAAUGUCACAAACAGAA